GACGCCAUCAUUACGGGACCGCUAUUCGUUAUAAGAAACGUGACGACGACAAUAACUCCGUAGUGUUUGUGUUGGUGUUUGUUAUUGCAGCAGGACGUUAAACGUGUUAAACACAAUCUGAUGGUUUGAAUAAAAAGACUCUUAAAGAGAUAAAAGCCAGAAGAUCUGAGAGGUGAAUUGAGCUGCAGUUUGUUCAGGUUCAUCUGCACUACAGGAGUAUGGUGGGUGUUUGUGUCUGGCUGCUGCUCCUGUCUGUGUCGGUCAGCGUGCGGUCAGUGCCGAUAGAGAGAGGUCCUGCCACGCAGGAGGAGAAAGCAGAGGAAAACGUGGACACAGGGCUGUAUUAUGACCGUUACCUGAGGGAGGUGAUCGAGGUUCUAGAGACGGAUCCUCACUUCAGAGAGAAACUGCAGAGCUCAAACACAGAGGAUAUUAAAAAUGGACGCCUCAGUAAGGAGCUUGAUCUGGUGGGUCAUCAUGUCCGAACUCGGCUGGACGAGCUGAAGAGACAGGAAGUGUCUCGCCUAAGGAUGCUGCUCAAGGCCAAACUGGACAGCAGCAACAUGCAAAGUGUUCAGAUGAAUCACGUGUCCUUACUGAAGCAGUUUGAACAUCUGGAUCCUCACAAUCAGAACACAUUCGAGGCCAAAGACCUGGAGCUGCUCAUCGCUACGGCCACUAAAGACCUGGAGAAUUAUGAUGCGGAGCGUCACGAUGAGUUCAAGCGUUACGAGAUGCUGAAAGAGCAUGAGAGGAGGGAGUACCUGAAGAGUCUAGACCAGGAGAAGAGGGAGAGGGAGGAGAAGAGGAUGGAGGAGAUGAAGGAGAAACACCGCCAGCAUCCCAGAGUUAAUGCUCCGGGGAGCGUGGACCAGCUGAAGGAGGUGUGGGAGGAGACCGAUGGACUGGACCCACAGGAGUUCAACCCCAAGACCUUCUUCAAACUCCACGACACUAACGGAGAUGGUGUGCUGGACGAGCAGGAGCUGGAAGCACUUUUCACAAAGGAGCUGGAGAAGGUGUACGACCCGAAGAACGAAGAGGACGACAUGAUGGAGAUGGAGGAAGAAAGACUGCGGAUGAGGGAACACGUCAUGAAAAACGUGGACCUGAAUCAGGACCGACUGGUCAGUCUGGACGAGUUCCUCAAAUCCACAGAGAAGAAAGAGUUCAGAACCCCAAAAGAGUGGGAGACGCUGGACAACACGAAGCCGGUGUAUACAGAGGAGGAGCUUCAGCGCUUUGAGGCGGAGCUUUGGGAUAAACAGGUGGAGCUGAGCAGGAGGGCGGAGACUCUGAGACAAGAACAGGAGCUUCUGAAAGAGAGAGGCAAAGCACUGGAGGCUCAAAAGAAGGAGUACCAGCAGGCAGUGAUGGAAAUGUCUCAGAGACAGAAAGCCCAGCAGGUGGCGCAACAACCGCCUCCAGCAGGCCCUAACGGAGAACUGAGGUUCCAGCCGGACGCUCAGAACCCGGCUCAAGAACAGAUUAAGGUUGGAAAAGUGGCUGUCGAUCAGAACGGAGACAUCCAGAACGGCCCACCUGCUGAGCCACCACAGAACUUUCCUCAACACACACCAUAACCCAUCACAUCUCUCACACACACACACACACACACACGAGAGAAAUGUGAGCGAACGGAUUUCUGAGAGAACCAAUAAAUAUAAGCAAGUGACAAAUCUCUUGAGACACACACACACACACACACACACACUCUGCUGCUAAACCCUCUCCUCCUUGUAACCUCCAUCUGCAGCCAUGCUUUUAUCGUACAUUUUGGUUUCUGGUUUUUAAUCUCGCUUGAUCUUGAGUGAUGUCACUAGUUGUCGCAUGUCAGUUAAUGGUAAACUCUUUCCUGAACAUAUUAAUUUACAUAAUUAACACUUAUUUUAUGAUGUACAAAGAAAGUGAUGCGGUUCAGCUUCUAAAGCUUCAACUUUCACUCGAACAUCACUUGCGUAGCGUAGCAUAGCGUAGAACUCUGACUGAGUGUCACUCUGUAGUGCAGCCGCAUUACAUUCUGGGACAUAAACAUAUUUAAUGAGUUUCAGGGUGGAGUUUAGUUGAAUUUUUGUGUGAAAAUUUCCAGACUUUUCCACAGUCUAAAAAAAAAAAGGAGCUUUAUGUUUUUGGGAGACUUUUAUUUUGAAUGUUGUGUAUUGGCUGAGAUGUGUGUAUUAUGGUUUAUUUUGCACUGGAGCUACAAGGCUAACGUUGCUUAGAAGCUAACAGGCUGACAGAAGUCUAGAUGUCGGCCAUCUUGGAUGUUCGUAAUUACUUUAUUCUGCGUUUGACUUAUCACACACAUGUGGACUUGUCAUUGACAGACAAUCUUUUGGAAUCAUCUUUUCUUUGUUGUAGAUUUAACAAGCUACAAAGGGCCUUGAUGUUCUGAUGUCACUUCCUGUGGAGGGUUUUACUGUGGACUUUCCUUUUUGGUUCAAUUUAAAUACAUCCUUUAAUGAAACACAGCAUUAUUUGUCCAUGUGAUUGUAUAUGACCCCGCCCCUAUAUUGAUAGGCCACACCCCUAAAGGGGAAUAAUAAUAAUAAUACUUUAAAGAGAAAUGGAUGAUCAGAAAUCUUAAGCAUAAAAGUCAUUAUUUAGGGUUUUGUAAAAAAAUUUUUUUUUUUUACAUUUUUUUGCAUGAAUUCUGUUUUUCAACCUGUUGCACAUUUUGCUUUAUAAACUGCUGUUAUUUGAAUUGUACACACACACACACACACACACACACACACACAACUGUGAGCAGGAAUUCUCUGGAUUCUGUUGAUUAUUUUAAUCUUAAUAAAGCUGCCAUCAGAGUCUA